AUGGAUGCCCUGUGUGAAUACAGCUACUGCUCGCUGGCCGCUGGCAUAAAGGAAGCAGAAGUGGGAGAACUCAACCCUUUCCCCAGCCUGCUGGAAGAGAGGCUGUUAAGCAACGGCACCAACGAGUCCCUACAGGAGUUCUGGAGGAGCUUCCUCAACCGAGAGAGAGCAGAUGGGCUACAGGGAGGCAGCUCCAUCCUCCUACGGAUCUUCAUCUCCAUCAUCUACUCUGUGGUGUGCGCCCUUGGUCUGGUGGGCAAUGUGCUGGUGCUCUACCUGAUGAAAAGCAAAUGGAAAAAGUCUUCCAUCAAUCUCUUUGUGACCUGUUUGGCAGUGACUGAUUUCCAAUUUGUCCUGACUUUGCCCUUCUGGGCCGUGGAGAAUGCUCUGGAUUUCACUUGGCUCUUUGGCAAAGCCAUGUGCAAGAUGCUUUCCUAUGUGACCGCCAUGAACAUGUACGCCAGUGUCUUCUUCCUCACUGCCAUGAGCAUUGCCCGCUACCACGCGGUGGCCUCUGCCCUGAAAAGUAGGAGGCAAGGAGGGCUCUUGGAUGGCUGCUCUUCAGCUAAAUGGUUGUGUGCCCUCAUUUGGAUCCUAGCCAUUCUCGCUUCUCUGCCCAACGGCAUCUUCUCCACCACCUCCACUAUCUUCGGUGAGGAACUCUGUCUGGUCAAGAUACCCGAUAGCCAAGGUAACAAUACUCCAUUCUGGUUGGGGCUCUACCAUGCCCAGAAGGUCCUGCUGGGCUUUCUAUUGCCUUUGACCAUCAUCACCCUUUGCUACCUUUUGCUGGUGCGCUUCAUCAGUGACAGGCAUGUGGGAGCCGGUUCCUGUGGGCCAAGCACUAAGCGCCGAUCCAAGGUGACCAAGUCAGUGACCAUCGUGGUACUGUCCUUCUUCCUUUGCUGGCUGCCCAACCAGGCACUCACCACCUGGGGGGUCCUCAUCAAGUUAAACCUUCUGCACUUCAGCCAUGCUUACUUUCUCUCUCAGGCAUACCUCUUCCCCAUCACUGUCUGCCUGGCCCAUUCCAACAGCUGCCUCAAUCCCAUCUUCUACUGCCUCAUGCGCAGGGAAUUCCGUAAAGCCCUCAAGAAGCUGCUGUGGAGGAUUGCUUCACCCUCCACCACCACCAUGCGCCCAUUCACCGCUACCACCAAGCCCGAGCAGGAAGAGCAGGCACUGAAGAACCUAAUGACCAUUCAACCCACAAGCAGUUCUGCUCCUCCUCUUCCUCCUCCUCCUCCUCCUCCUCCUGCUAGACCAGGAGAUGUUCCUGAUGCCGUCUGCUAUCCUCCUGGGGUGGUGACGUACAGUAGCUGCUCUAAUAUCUUUCCGUCCAUCGCCUCCACUGAGCUGCGAUGUUGA